AACAAAAUGGCGGAAAACGUGGAUAAGAUGCUCGUAGACGAAGAUGGUUCCGAUGUUGAUGAGGAGGACAUGGACCCUGAGGGAAAGUCAGACUCUGACAGUUCGGAUAGUGGAAACGAGGAACAGCUUGAGCUGAAAAUAAGCGAACUCCAGCAAAAGGUGACUGAGAAUCCAUACAUGUACGAUCUUCACACUCAACUGAUCACAGCGCUCCGACAGGCAGGGGAACUCGAACAGUUGCGGAAAGCCAGGGAGAAGAUGAGCGAGAUAUUCCCCCUAAGUGAAGAACUGUGGUUGGAGUGGCUGAGAGAUGAGGUGCCUCUUGUCUCUACUGAGGGAGAUCGUCUGAAGAUGGAGGAACUAUUCCAGCAAGCCACAAAAGACUACUUGUCCAUCCCUGUUUGGUUGGAGUAUGUCCAGUUUGCAAUUGGUGGAAUGGGAGCGGAGGAUGGGGUUCAGAAUGUCCGUGCCGUGUUUGAGAAGUCCAUCACAGCAGCAGGCCUCCACACUAGUCAGGGAGCAAACAUAUGGGAGGCCUACAGAGAGUUUGAAAACGCUGUCCUUGCCGGACUCAUGCCCCCGCCAGGAACAGUCCCAACCAAAGAGCAGGAAGAAGCCUUCACUGCCCAGAACAAACGGGUCCAGACUCUCUUCAGGAGACAGUUGGCUGUGCCCCUGUUAGACAUGGAGGAGACAUUGCGAGAGUUCGAGGAAUGGAGUGGGGUUCAGGCUGAGAGUGUGGUGAGGCAGGCCUACUCCAAGGCUGCUGAACAGCUGGACAGACUCAGGCCACUAGAAACAGCACUUCUGUCUGCAGACCCUCCAAGGUUAAAUGAGUAUCAAGCUCUGAUUGAGCAUGAACUGUCUAAUGAUGACCCAGCCAGGAUACAGUGUGUGUUUGAGAGAGCACUUCAGGACAACUGUCUUAAUCAAGACCUGUGGCUUCAGUAUACAAAGUACCUGGUUUACAAGCUGAGGAUCCACUCCCUGGUGUGUCCUGUGUACGAGAGAGCUGUGCGCAACUGUCCUUGGUCGUCACAGGUGUGGCAGGGGUAUCUGCUGGCUCAGGAGAGACAUGGAGAGAUCUUUGACACUGUGAAAGGCACCUUUGACAGAGCCCUCACAUCUGGAAUGGCCACUGGAUCAGACUAUUUGUUGCUGUGGACAGCAUACUGUGACUACCUACGGAGAAGAGUGGACUGGCAAACAGAUGACACAGAACCUCUGGAAACACUGCGAGCAGCGUUACAGAGGGCAGUGGACCAUGUGAUGGAGCAUUUCGGGACUGAGGGUGACCCAGCAGGCAGUCUGAGACAGUUCUGGGCAGUGGUCGAGGGUAAAUAUUGUAAAAAUAUGGAGAAGGCUCGACAGCUGUGGAACAGUAUUAUGACUGAGGGGCACGGCAGCACAGCAAGCAUGUGGUUGGAGUACUACAGACUGGAGAGGAUGUGUGGAGACAGCAAGCACUGCCGGAAGCUGCUUCAGAAAGCCCUCAACUCCGUCACUGACUGGCCAGAAUCCAUUACAGAGGCCUAUAUCAACUUCGAGAGGGAGGAGGGAAGUCUUGAGUUGUAUGAUCAAGCAGUAGUCAAGUGUGAAGCACAGAUGAAGAGGAUAACCGAGAGAAGAGAGAAGGCUGCUGAGAAGGAAGCAAUGCAGGAAGAGCAGCAGAAGAAUCAGAAAUCUGCCAAGAUUAUAAUGAAGAAAGCUGACAAGCAGCAGCACAAACAUCACCAGCAGCAACAGCAACACCAACAGCAACACAAACAGCAGCACAAACCCCACAAGACGGGACACAAGUCUCAGGUGGAGAUGCAGGCAGGUCAGAAGAGAAAGUUACAGCAGGAGGUCAACUCUCCCCUGCCCCCAGGGUUUACAGGGGAACCACCACCGGGCUACAAGGGAGAACCCCCCACCAAGAAGUCAAAAGAUGAAGGCCACGGUAUUAUUGUUCAGCAUGAUUCUUCCAAGGACAGCCGAACAAUUUUUGUCAGCAAUCUUUCUUACAAUCUGGAAGAGGAUGUAAUCAAAGAAAUGUUUAUCAAGUGUGGAGAAAUCACAGAUAUGCGAUUGGUUCGAAAUUACAAAGGAAAAUCAAAGGGCUUUGCAUACAUUGAGUUCAAGGAUGAGUUUUGUGUCCUGGAAGCUCUGAAACAAGACCGCGAGUUGAUUGAAGGUCGGCCAAUGUUUGUCUCCAAGUGUGAAGACCGAUCAACCUCCAAGUCUAAAGCACAGUUUAAGUUUGCAACAGAGAUUGAAAAGAACAAACUGUUUGUGAAAGGCCUCCCAUUUACCUGCAACAAGGAAGCUGUCACCAACAUCUUCAAGCAGCAUGGCAAGUUGAAGGAAGUUCGUCUUGUAACCUACAGGAAUGGCACGUCUAAAGGGAUCGCAUAUGUUGAGUUCGAAACAGAGGACGAGGCAGCACAGGCUGUGAUGAAGACAGACGGACUCCUGGUCGGGGAGCAUACAAUCAACGUGGCUAUCAGCAACCCCCCUCCUCGCAAACAGCCGGACACAUGGAGGGAGGCACAUACACUGUCCCUGGGAAGUGGCAAGAAAGGAACUGAACUGCGAGGCAAGGUCAGGACUCAGGUUGCGUUAGUCCCAAGAUCUGUAAAGCAAGGUUCAGCCCCGCCCAAGACGUCCACCAUCAGUGCCGACUCUGCCAAUGGACAGCAGCAGUCUGACAGGUUAACAGCUGGGAUGAGUAAUGCAGACUUCAGAAGUAUGCUGCUCAAGAAGUAGGGACAGGCCAAGCGGGGGGACACAUUUGUUUAGACUCUGGAAACUGGUUACACAAAACUAAAAAUAUAUAUAUAUUCAGCACCAUGGAAGUGACUGCUUUCUUCACACCUACUGAUAUCUUUAAAAUUAGGACGGAGUACUGACUGAACUUUUCUGUUUGUAAAGACAUUUCCAAUGUUAUUGGUCAAAGGGCCCAAUCACAAGAAUUGAGUGGUGAUGAAUCUGUACUUACGUCCUUAGUUGUGAGGGAGCUGAUGCAUGUGAGCUGAUAGUGGACAGCAGUUAACCCAGGAUCCACAGCCGUGUCUCAAUAAUAUUGAGAAAAUGUAUUGUAAACCCUUUAAUGGGGUCAGCAUAAACGUCAUUUUCUGUACAUUUCUAAUCAAUGUAUAUAUUAUGUGAAUAAAUACCUUUUCUAAA